AUGGCCGGCCCUGAAAUAGUUUACACGGACAAGGCUCCGAAGCCCCUUCCUCAAUUCUCCCAAGCGGUCAAAUACAAUGGCAUGGUCUACUGCUCCGGCAAUAUUGGUCUUGACCCUGAGACCUUCAAGCCAGUCGAGGGAACAGUCACUGACAGAACCCGACAAGCACUAAAGAAUCUGGGGGCCGUUCUCGAAGAGGCAGGGAGCAGCUUCAGUAAUGUCGUCAAGAUGAACAUCUUCAUUACGACUAUGGACAACUUUGCAGCCAUGAACCAGGCCUAUGAUGAGUUCUUCACGGGGGACUACAAGCCGCUGCGCUUUGCCUCAACAACAGCAGAGUCCAAGACUAUCGCGAGCUCCGGCAAAUCUCCCAGCUCCUCUUCUCUGGUAACGACUGCUCCUAUCAUCUCCCGGAGCGCCGCCAACCCGCCCGACACGACCCGUCCUCCACCACUCGAGCUGCCCAUUCGCGUGGCCAACCAGUCGACCGUUGCGUACCUCUUCGCUAUUGGCAAGGCAUACCUCACAUUCUACAAGACCGGUCUCAAGAAUAUAUACACAAACACACGAUUACUAUACAAUCUCACCUCCGGCUCAGGCCUCCCAUCCGACUCACCCGUCUCGCCCUCAGACACAUCCUCCGUGGCCUCCCCACCAGUGGUGCACCCCGUCGGCCUCGUCCGCUCGACAGAGCUCCUCCGCGCGCGCUGGAUCCACGACAUCCGGCGCGUACCGGUCUUCCUCAUCCUGCUCUUCAUCUGCGGGGAACUCACCCCCUUCGUCGUGCUCGCCCUGCCCGGCACCGUGCCCUUCACGUGCCGCAUCCCGCGCCAGGUCGACAAGCUGCAGCGGCAGGCGGAGGAGCGGCGGCGCGGCGCCUUCACCGACCUCCACGCGCUGCGGGCCGAGCUGCGCGCCCGCACGGGGUCCGAGGAGCUCAGCGCCACGCAGGUCGCCCGGCACAUCACGCGCGGCCUGGGCCUCGUGUCGAACCUCUGGGAGCGCGUGGGCAUCCCGGCGCCGCUGGCGGCGGCGAAGGCGCGCAGGCGGCUGGCGUUCCUGGCGCAGGACGACGCACUGCUGCUGCAGAGCGGCGGGGUGCCGGCCCUCGACACGCCCGAGAUGAGACUGGCGUGCGUGGAUCGCGGGAUCGACGUGCUGGGCAAGUCGGACGACGAGCUGGCGGGCCUGCUGACGCGCUGGCUGGGGCUGACGAGGGCGAGAGGCACAGCGGACCUUGACGGGGAGCGUCUACGAAGAGUCCAGGUGCUUUUAACUACGCCGCUGGAGGAGUGGCCGGAGGAUGGCGACUUUGAGCUGCCUGAAAAGGGGUUGGUUUAA